AUGGCUAACGACAGCAAAGUCGACGUACUCAUAGUUGGUGCCGGCCCGGCUGGGCUGAUGGCCGCAGCAUGGAUGGCUCACUGUGGCGUAAAUGCUCGUAUCAUCGACAAAAGAAAUACCAAGAUCUUUUGUGGUCAGGCCGAUGGCCUGCAGUGUCGAAGUCUCGAGAUCUUUGACAGUCUGGGCUUUGCAGACCGUGUAUGGAAAGAAGCCAAUCACAUGAUUGAGAUUUGCAUGUGGAAUCCUGGUCCAGAUGGCAUUAUUCGUCGUUCUGAUCGUAUCCCCGAUACCAUCGUCGGCCUGUCACGUUUUCAACAGGUCGUCGUACAGCAAGGUCGUAUCGAGCGCUUCUUCCUUGACAACAUCAAGAAGUACUCCAAAGAUCAGAUAAAGGUUGAGCGUGCAGUUUUACCAGAGGCCAUUGAGAUCGAUAAGUCCAACCUCGAGAGCACUGAAGAUCAUCCAGUCACGAUCAAGAUUCGCCAUCUUAGUGAGGAAGAAGCAACACCUGCUCAACAAGCCACUGCUAGCAAAACCCAGGCAUCGGACGGUCUUUUCAGAAGUAACUUGGUGUUUGACGACGAAGUUGACAAUGAUAGUGCUCUCCGUAAAGCUCAAGAUCGUGACGCUGUCACCGAGACUAUCCGAGCGAAAUAUGUCAUCGGCUGUGAUGGAGCACGAAGCUGGGUUCGGAGUCAGAUUGGUCUCGAGUUACAGGGCGAGGCAAGCGAUUUUAUCUGGGGUGUCAUGGACAUCAUUCCCAAGACCGACUUUCCCGACAUCCGCAUGCGUUGUGCGAUUCACUCGGCUGAGAACGGUAGUCUUAUGGUCAUCCCCAGAGAGAACAAGCUGGUUCGUCUGUACAUUCAAUUGAAAGAAGUGACACCCGAUGCUUCAGGUCGUGCAGAUCGAUCCAAGAUCAGCCCGGAUGUUAUCUUCAAAGCGGCACAGAAGAUUAUUCAUCCUUAUAAGUUGGAUUAUGAGUAUUGUGACUGGUGGACUGCUUACCAGAUUGGCCAACGCGUUGGUACAGCCUUUGACUCUCAUGAGCGUAUCUUCCUUGCAGGCGAUGCUGUGCAUACCCAUUCGCCAAAGGCCGGACAAGGCAUGAACGUCUCUAUGCAGGAUUCAUACAAUUUGGGCUGGAAGAUUGCUCUUGUUGUCAAGGGCAUCGCAAAGCCAGAUAUUCUCAAGACAUACCAGAGCGAAAGACGUCGCGUGGCUCAAGACCUUAUUGAGUUUGACCAUCGUUUUAGUCGCUUAUUCUCUGGACGCCCAGCCAAAGAUGUCAUGGACGAAGAGGGUGUCAGCAUGGAAGAGUUCAAAGACGCGUUCGAAAAGGGGAACAUGUUUGCAUCAGGUCUAUCUGUGAAUUAUGGACCUAGCAACAUCGUCGCCAAGGCAGGUGAUCCACUGUCUCAGGCCGAUGGAACCAAGGUCGUUUCGUCUCCUGGAGUCUCUUUAACGGAGGAGACGUUUGGCAAGAAGCAGGCGCUUGCUACCGGUAUCCCGGUUGGAAUGCGUUUCAAUAGCUUCAAAGUGUUAAAUCAAGCUUGCGCCCGUCCUUAUCACUUCCAGGAACGCUUGAAAGCAGAUGGGCGAUUCCGCAUCGUCCUGUUCGCAGCUUUCUUCACCGAGUCACCCCCAAGGGACAGAAAGUUGACAGUGUCAUCGAGGUCUUGA